CUGUGGUGAGUGGAUGAAUUAGUCACAGUUCUCACUGUGUUUUUAGCUUUAUUGUUUUGAUAGUAUGACUCUUCCUUCUGUUUGGAAUUUUAGAAAUUGAGACAUCAAGUGUGGAGAAUACAGCUUAAAACAAAAUAUUUUACCCUUCAGCUUUGAUUUCUUUUUCUCUUGAGGUAAAGCUCCAAGUAUGAGAUAGACCUAUAAGGAAACAUUUUAAAAAGUUACAUCCUGCCACCUUUUCGUCUAUUUUCUUUUUCCUUAUAAACACAAUAGUAAUAAUAUAUGUCAGUCCUAGAGAACAACAUACAACCAUCAUGUUUGCCUUUCCUUCUAACAGGUCUUGCUUUCUCUAAGCCGUACUUGGUCACAUGCCUCGAGCAGAGAAAAGAACCCUGGAAUGUGAAGGAACCAGCAACAGUAGCUGUGUACCCAGGAAGUAAACCUUAUAUAUUUAAAGAGUGUGGUAAGACCUUUCCUUGGAACUCACUUCUUAUUCAACACCAUAAAAUACAUCCUGGAGCAAAACUUUACACGUGUGAUGAAUGUGGCAAGUCCUUUAAUGUUCGAUCAACACUGUAUAAACACCAUAGAACUCAUACUGGGGAGAAACCCUACAAAUGUAAAGAAUGUGGCAAAGCUUUUACAUGUUCUUCAAGCCUUAACCAACACCAUAGAAUUCACACUGGGGAGAAACCCUAUAAAUGUGAAUGUGGCAAAGCCUUUAAUAAUUCUUCAGCUCUUACUCAGCACCAAAGAAUCCAUACUGGAGAGAGACCAUACAAGUGUGACGAAUGUGGCAAGGCGUUUAACAAUUGCUCAGCCCGUACUCGACACCAAAGAAUCCAUACUGGAGAAAGACCCUAUAGGUGUGCACAAUGUGGCAAGACGUUUAAUUUUCCCACAUCACUUUCUCAGCACCAGAGAAUUCAUACUGGAGAAAAACCCUACAAAUGUGAAGAAUGUGGUAAGGCCUUUAACUGUUCUUCACAUCUUAAACAGCACCGAAUUAUUCAUACUGGAAAGAAACCCUACAAAUGUAAAGAAUGUAGCAAAGCUUUUAACUGUUCUUCGAGUCUUAACCAACACCGUAGAAUUCACACUGGGGAGAAACGCUACAUAUGUGAGGAAUGUGGCAAAGCCUUUAAUAACUGUUCAGCUCUUACCCAACACCAAAGAAUUCAUAGUGGAGAGAAACCCUAUAAAUGUGAAGAAUGUGGCAAAGCCUUUUAUAAUUGCUCAGCCCUUUCUCGGCACCAGAAAAUUCAUACCGGAGAAAAACCGUAUAAAUGUGCAGAUUGUGGCAAGGCUUUUAUUUUUCGGUCAUCACUCUCUCAACACCAGAGAAUUCAUACAGGAGAGAAACCCUACAAAUGCAAAGAAUGUGGCAAGGCCUUUAACUGUUCUUCUCACCUUAACCAGCAUGGAAGAAUUCACAGUGGAGAGAAACCUUAUAAAUGUGAAGAGUGUGGCCAGACGUUUAUCUGUUCUUCAUACCUACAUAAGCAUCAGAAGAUUCAUGCUAUUGAGAAACUCUAUGAGUGCAAAGACUGUGGUAAAGCCUUCAGCUGCUCCUCAUACCUUAAGUAUCACCAGAGAUUUCAUACUGGAGGAAAAUCCUACACGUGCAAAGAAUGUGACAAAACCUUUAGGUCAUCUUCAUACCUUAGGAAUCAUCAGAGAUUCCAUACUGGAGAGAAACCUUACACGUGCAAAGAAUGUGGCAAAGCCUUUGUUAAUUCUUCAAGCCUUCUUGUACACCAAAGAAUUCACACUGGAGAGAAACCAUACAAAUGCAAAGAAUGUGGCAAGGCCUUUAGGUGUUCAUCAUAUUUUAAGUAUCAUCAGAGACUUCAUACUGGAGAGAAACCCUACACAUGCAAAGAAUGUGGGAAAGCCUUUGCUAAAUCUUCGUGUCUUAUUCUACACCAAAGAAUUCAUACUGGAGAAAAACCCUACAAAUGUGAGGAGUGUGGCCAGGCAUUUAUCUGUUCUUCAUAUCUGAGGAAGCAUCAGAGAAUCCAUACUGGUGAGAAACCAUACACAUGUGAAGAAUGUGGCAAAGCUUUUAGCAUUUAUUCAACCUUCACUCAACACCAGAGAAUUCAUACUGGAGAAAAACCAUAUAAAUGCAAGGAAUGUAAUAAAGCAUUUAAUAAUCAUUCAGCUCUAAUUAAACAUCAAAGAAUUCAUACUGGAGAGAAACCCUAUGCAUGCAAAGAAUGUAGUAAAGCUUUUAAUAAUAGCUCAAGCCUUAUUCGACAUCAACGAAUUCAUAUUGGAAUUGAAACCCUAGAAAUUCAAGGAAUUUGGCAAGGCCUUUAGUAAUAGUUUAACACCUAGCUCCAAAAACUCAUACUAGUAAGAAACUAGAAAUGAAAAAAGGUGACUACUAAGUGUUCUGUAUAUAAAUACAAUGUAAAAAAAUCAUGCAUGAAAGAAAGCCUACAAGUUCAAAUAGUGUUGCACCUCUCGUAACUCUUCUUCAUGUUUUAUUGAUAGCAGAGAAUUUGUACUGAGGAAGCCUACACAUGUAAAUAAUGUGUCAAGGCUUUUACUGAUUGUUCACUCCUCAUCAGUGA